AUGUCUACCGAGCAGCUCCAGUUCCGCGGCUACGCCGUCAAGGAUACCGAAAAGUUCACUGAGUUCGAGCUCAUCGACUUCGAGCCGAUGGACGACCGCGACGACUGCCUCGACAUUGCGAUCGAAGUCUGCGGCAUCUGCUCGUCCGACGUCCACACCAUUACUGGCGGCUGGGGCGACAUCCACACUCCUCUCGUCAGUGGCCACGAGAUCGGCGGCAUCGUCAAGCGCGUCGGCAAGAACGUCAAGGGCUUCAAGGUCGGCGACCGCGCCGUUGUUGGCGCCCAGGUCGACUCGUGCGGCAAGUGCAGGCCUUGCACCGACAACAACGAGAACUACUGCCCGAAGCAGGUCGACACCUACAACGCGCCGACCCGCGACAACGAGAAGAAGUACUCGCAGGGCGGCUACUCGACCGCGAUUCGCGCUCCUGAGCAGUUUGUGUUCCACGUCCCCGACGAGCUCCCUCUCGAGGACGCGGCGCCGAUGGCCUGCGGCGGCUUGACCGUGUUCUCGCCGAUGCACCGGUUUGGCGUGAAGAAGGGAACGAAGAUGGGCGUCGCUGGACUCGGUGGCCUCGGUCACUUCGCGGUCAUGCUGGGAACUGCUAUGGGCGCCGAGGUCGUUGUCUUCUCGCACCAGGAGGACAAGCGGGCCGAUGCCAUGAAGAUGGGCGCCGUCGACUUCGUCAACACCGGCAACGACGGCUGGCAGGAGAAGUACUCUAUGGCCCUCGACUUGAUCAUCAGCACUAUAGAUGUUUCGAAAGCCAUCCCCAUCGCCGACCUCGCCGGUCUCCUUUACGUCAACGGCGUUCUCCACCUCUGCGCGAUGCCGGACGACCCCAUCCCCAACUUCAAGACUCAGCAGCUCGCCGCCAACGGCUGCUCAAUCUCGGUCAACCACAUCGGCAGCAAGGCCGAGGCUGAGCUCAUGUACAAGCUCGCGGCGGAGAAGGGCGUUCGCGCCUGGAAGGAGAUCCUCCCGAUGAAGGACGUCGCCAAGGGUGUUAUGGGCGUCAAGAACAACGAGGUUCGCUACCGCUACGUCCUCAAGCAGGACAUCAACAAGCAGGUCUAG